CCAAAGUCCUUACGGGCCCUCUUGUCAUUCUUUCAAAGCGAGCGCCUGGCUCAGGCGGGAGGCAGCACGGAAACGUCGUGCAGGUGCUGCACAAUUCAUCCAUGACUCUGCGAAAGCGAGCACGGGUGCAGACAAGAGCGUUGGAGGGUUAGGCACGCGCGAUUCCAUCAACUCUGGUCUCCCUAACUCUCAGGUGUCCAGUUUGGUGGUAAAGAAGUCAAACUCGACGCAAGCGCGACGUCUAUUGAUGAAGAGACAAAUAUGACAGCAGAAGAACGCGCGAGAGUCGACAUUGUAGAAGAGAUGGAAGACCAAAAAGCUUUUCGUGCGCUGCUGGCUGGGGAUAUGGACUCGGCGCCCCAGAUCGAUUCUGUUCCCGUUUCUCCCAGCGAAGCCGACGCUCUCCGGCAAGACGUCGCUGAUGUUGCAACGAUUGAUAACUAUACUCGUGUGCCCAUUCUUUGUUUGGAGCUGCUAUGUUCCGCCGCAUGGAUUGGAUGGACGGUGGAGGCUCUUACGAGCUCAGAAAGUGCAAAAAAAAUGCGCUUGUAGAGCCUUACCUACCUAAAUCGAACCCCGCACUCCUGAGAAUUGGAGUGAAGAAACAGGAGGUGCUAGAUGACAGCAGUAAGGAGAAGCAGAGAGGAGACCAGAAGUGGUAUAACCCGUAAUUGCUCGCUACUACUAGUAUGGCUAAGCUGAAACUUGCCUGGUAUAUCAACAGCACCACCUUCCGAGUCAUGUUUCCUCCAGACCAACUUGACAUGUCACUGACCCAAGUCUGCAUUCUCGGAUCCAUCUCUAUCACUCUCUUCAAAGCCUUAGAGUUCCUCCGACGGC